UAUGCGCUGUGUGCUGACGUAAACAUUUUCCGUAUUUAUAUGUGAACUGGGAGUGGGGCAAAGGAAACACUGCCGUGUCGCCAAACAAAAUGGAUUGAAAAUUAAGAGCUGAUCCAAGUUUGAUGGAGCUGUCUAUGAUGACGUUUAUGGAGGGGUUGGGUGACGAGGUGAUCAUCGCUGGGGGAGUGGUACUGCUUGGCCUGGCUCUGGUACUGGCCUGGAUCUCUACCUACGUAGUUGACCGCGGAGACCAGAUCCUGUGGGCCAUCAUGAGUGCUGGAGCCCACUCCUCUCUGGGGGGGCUGGGGAGCAGGGAGCGGUACAUGGGGAGCUCCUCCAGCUCAGACUCCAUGGAGCCCCAGCCCAUCACACAGAGAGCAGAGGACAAGCCGGAGGAGGAGGAAUGGGAUUCAGAGACGGGGUCAGAGCAGAUCCCCAGCGAGGGGGCGUCUGAGCCCAGCAUCGACCAGCUGCUGAACAUCCAGAGGCUGCGCAAGAGGAGCGCCUCUGCCAGCGAGGCCAGCCUGGUGGGAGAGCGGCCCGAGCAGACCAACACCAACACCAGCUGCAGCGCGGACAGCAGCCUCUUCCGGGACGGGCAGAUCAAAUUGAGGCUCAAGUUCCUGAACGACACCGAAGAGCUCGCCUUAGUGAAGCCAGGCGACACCAUCGGGUUUCUGAAGAGCAAGUACUUCUCCGGACAAGAGCAGCAGAUCAAGUUCAUUUACCAGGGGCAGAUCCUGCAGGAUCAAGCACAGACCCUGCUGUCCCUCAACAUCACCGAUAACUCUGUGAUUCACUGUCACAUCUCCCAGGCCCCCCGCGAGCUAUCCCCUGACCCCAGUGCGGCCGUGGAGCACAGCGGCGUGACCCUCAACGUUGGCAGCCUCAUGAUCCCCAUGUUUGUUGUCAUGCUCACCGUGGUCUGGUAUUUCCGCAUCAACUACCGGCAGUUCUUCACCGCACCGGCCACUGUCUCUUUAGUGGGAGUCACCGUUUUCUUCAGUUUUCUUGUCUUUGGGAUAUACGGGCAAUAAAAAAAAAAACAGAGCAGUGGGUUGGUUUGGUGGGUUUACGUCUUUUCAUUGGCUCUACAAAUGCUACAAAAGCUCUCCCACGGUACUGUAUAUGACUUUGGUUAACUGGCUUUCUGUUACUGCUGGACCGCUUUGUUUAAUUGAUUAUCUGUUGCUGAAAUGAAAGGCUUGUGCGUCACGAUGGAGCACAGGUUUAACACAGGGACUUGCUGUUCAGUAUAAGGAUUAAAGAAUGGUGAACACACACAUUUUUGUAAAAAUGAGCCCAGGUUGCAUGUGAAUACCAGCUGAGGUUAUAGUAUAACAUGAAAUGGCUUAAACUGCUGUUCAGGGGUUAACUGUUUUUCUCCCUCAGCCCUAAGAAUGUUGCUGUGGGAGUCUAAAAUACCACCCUGGAAAUGGUCAUUCAAGCAGGUUUGUUUCAAUGGCCUAUUCCCCAUCGGCAAAUAGCGCGCAAACUGCACCGUAAUAGAUGUAAUACACUGGCAAUGUGCCUUCUGUUGGGCUGGAAAGCAUCUAAUUGUGGGCUCAAGCAGUUACAUUGGAAAAUGGAAACACAGGUUUAUAGAGGUGUUAUUGUAUUCAUUUUUUAUUAGUUCUAAAUUCUGUUAAUCACUUAAUCAGACCAAGUUCCAUUAUACAGUAUAUAAAAACACUCUAAAUGCUAAAAAUGAUAACACCUCUUGUAGUUUGAAAAUUAUAUUGGUGUUUUAGUUACCUAAAUAGAAAACCUUAAAAAACAAUGAGCAUUGUGUUCACAUUAAAAAGUAUUUUCUGCCA